AUGCACCGACGAAUUCCUCAACAAAUCCUGACAUAUUGGCGGCCGUGCCAACGACGCUCGCGGUCAUUGACGACAGUAGCAUCUGCUGAACUUUCAAACCCGCGUCCGGACCCCUUCUCCAUCCUCGCACCCCAGCUGGCCGACCUACGAACUUCCUUGCUUUCAAUGCUCGGCUCAGGCCACCCAGCAGUCACCGAAAUCACGAAAUACUACUUCCUGCACCCGUCGAAACAAAUCCGACCAGUCAUAGUGUUACUCAUGGCGCAGGCGACCAAUGGGCUAGGGGGUAACUGGAGUCGGAAGUUGUGGGAGUCAGAGUGUGAGGGUGCUGGAGGAACGGCGGAGGAGCUGAACAGGCCGCUGACGCGUCCAGACGUGCUGAACGACUGGAACCCGAGCAUGCCCCGCGAUACGGCGAGUUUUGACGUGACGUUCAGGCUGCGCCCUGCACGUACUCAUCGACAUCCGAAGCCAGCGACGGCUCCACCGCCAUUCUCCAGUGCCCAUCCAAAACCUUCUGGCGUGGUUCUGCCGACGCAGAGGAGGCUCGCACAGAUCGUGGAGAUGCUGCACACCGCGUCGUUGCUGCACGACGAUGUUAUCGACAAGUCAGCACUAAGACGAGGUGCGCCAUCUGCUCCAGCGGCUUUCGGGAACAAACUUUCGGUAUUGGGAGGAAACUUCGUGUUGGGUCGGGCGUCGGCAGCUUUGGCAAGGCUCGGAGAUCCGGAGGUCACAGAGCUCAUCGCGAGCAUCCUCGCCAACCUCGUUGAGGGUGAAAUUUUGCAACUGCGGGAGAUCAAGCUCGACGACUCGGAUGAUCUGACGAGGGACGUGCUGAAGAGCGCUGCGGCGAGUCGGGGCGGGCACACGAAUCGCGAUGCGUGGAACAUCUACCUCCAGAAGACCUACCUGAAGACGGCGAGUCUGAUGGCGAAGGGUGCGCGGUCGUCGGUCGUGCUGGGUGGCUGCAAGGAGGGCGAGGUGUGGAAGGAGAUCGCGUAUGCCUAUGGCAGGAAUUUGGGCAUCGCCUUCCAGCUUGUGGAUGACGUCCUGGACUACGAAUAUGCUUCUGCGACGCUGGGCAAGCCUGGAGGUGCCGACCUCCAACUCGGGCUAGCGACAGGACCCGCCCUCUACGCUUGGGAAGAGCACCCAGAAAUCGGGGAGCUUAUCCAACGGAAGUUCGAACAGCCUGGGGACGUCGAGCUGGCCCGAGACUACGUCCUCCGUUCGUCUGGCGUCCAGAGAACGCGAGCUCUGGCCCAGGCGUACGCGGACAAGGCCAAGGAGGUUCUGCAGCAGCUUCCGGACAGUGAGGCGAAGGCGUGCUUGGAGGUGCUGACGGAGCGAGUGAUUGGAAGGAAGUCUUAG